AUGGAACAUUUAAAAAAAAAUAAUUACAACAAAUGUUCUAUUCAUCCAAACCAUGACCUCCUAUUAAUGAGAUUAGAUAAUGAAGAGGAUUAGUAAGUGCUUAAGUGUAUCAAGUGCUUUGAUUCAAAAAAAUUCAAAAAGUUUAUUCCUCUUGAAACAUUACAAGAAAGCAAAAAUGAAACAAUAUUUAAAGGCUGGCCAAUAUUUGACGAUGAGUUAUUUUACUCUAAGCUUAUUGAAAUAUCUUAAAAACCUUCACAAUUAAAAGAAAAUUAAUAAAAAGUUAAAACAUUUUUCAAGAAUUUCAAAUCUCAAGUUAUGUUUGAAUUAGAGGAAAAAGAAAAUUAAAUUUUAACUAACCUCGAGGAAGCUUAAAAAGUUUAUGAAUAACCUUUAAAUACUUAUAAUGAAAUCUCUUAAAAAGAAAAGCUGAAACAAAUUCUAUAAACUGAAUACGAAGACAAACAAUAACAAAAUGAAAUGCUUAAAGAGAUAAUAAAAGAAAAUAAAUAAAAAUAUUCAAUAAAUUACUAAAGAAUGAAAGAUUCUAUUGAUAACUCACAAAAAUAUGUUUUCGAUUUGAAUAAUCACUAAAAGGUAAUGAACAAUGUAAUUUGUUUAAUUAAAGAGCUUGAUAUUUUCAAUUCUUUGAAUUAGAGCUAAAAUGUUUAGGAUAAUGGUGAGAUAGAAUAAUAAAAUAAUAAAACCAACCAUCACAAUAGAAUAAAAGUGAAGAAAAUAGAACAUCUUCCAGUAUGCUUGUAUUAUAAAAACGUUCAAAUCAAAUUUAAGAAGUGCUUUUUAACAGAUGAUGAGGCUUUUAAAAUUUCUAGUGCUUUAAUGAAUUGUUAAAGAGUAACUAACUUAGAACUUAAUUUAUAAAUUUCUAAGUUGAGAAAUAUAGGACUCAAAUCAAUAGCUGAUAGUUUAAAGCAUCUGAAAGAUGUUGUUUCUCUUAAUAUUAACUUAGAGAAUAUUGGUGUUACUAAUUCAAACAUUAAAAAUAUUGCACAAUCUAUAUCAAAUAUGAAAAAUCUAAAAGAUCUUAAUCUUAAUUUGAGCUUAAAUAGGUUAGAUGUGCUAUGUUGUGAACAAAUUUCAAGGAUUUUUAGAAAUUGUUAAAAAAUAUAGCGUUUGUAUCUAAAUUUAAGUCAGAGUUAGAUUUGUGAUUAAGGUUUGACUUUUAUUGCAAGUGGAUUAUCUGAAAAUGAAUUAAUAGAAGUCUUAGAAUUAAACUUAUAAAAUAAUAAGUUUAGCUCGUAAGGAAUUAAAGAAAUUUCAGAUAGCUUGAAAAUGUUUAAACAUAUCAGUGAAUUAAAGCUAAGUUUGAUGAAUUGUAAAAUUGAUGACGAUGCAAUCGGUUUUAUUUCAAAAGCUAUAUAAACUUAUGAAAAUAUCACUAAAUUUUCCCUUAAUUUAUAUUAAAAUUAAAUUACCAGUAGCGGUGUAAAGGAAAUUGAAAAAGCUAUAAAAAACUAUAAGAAAUUAGUCAUAUUAGAUCUUAACUUAGAAUAAAACAUUAUAAGAUGUUUAGGAGCAUAUUAUAUUGCAAAGUCUAUUUAUUAAUAUGAAAAUCUUCAGAAGUUAUAUCUUAAUUUAAAUGUAACCUAUACUUAAUUAUAUGGAGUCCAUGAAAUAAUGAGUUCAAUAUAAAAUUUUCAGAAUUUAAGUUGCUUACAUAUUGAAUUUUAGUAUAAUUCAAUUGAUGAAACUGGAGCUUAAAGUAUUGCUGAUGGAUUGCAUAAAUUAACCAAACUAAUUUAUUUAAAGCUAAAAUUAAAUUCAUGUAAAAUCGGUAAAAGAGGAGCUAAUCACCUAGCUAAUGCUAUCUAGAAUUUAUAAAAUUUAAUAGAGUUAAUUCUUCAUUUAAGCUCAAGUAGUAUACAAGUUGAAGGAGCUAAUAAUAUUUUAAAGGCGAUAGAAAUAAAAAGAGGUCUUAAAUUUUUGUCUCUCAAUUUAUGUUAAAACUAACUUGAUGACUCUGCAGCCUUCAUUAUAUCUACCAUUUUAGAAAAAAAUACAUAGCUAAACUCAAUAAAAAUUUAUCUUAACAAUAAUAAUAUUAGUUCAUUAGGAGCAUCAGCUAUAGCUAAUUCUAUAGAAAAAUUAUAAAAUGUUUCAAUAUUACAUUUAUAAAUUUAAAAAAAUGUUAUUGGAGUUGAUGCAGCUAAAAGUAUUUCUAUGGCAUUAGAAAAAUAAUAAAAUAUAUCUGAAUUGUUUUUAAAUUUAUUGUAGAAUUAAAUAAAAUUAGGAGCAAAUCAGAUUAUCUAUAAAUCGAUUAAAAAUAUUUAAAAAAUUAAAUAUUUAUCCCUCUAUUUAUGUAAUGAAAGUUACGAUUUAGACUCAAUAAUAGCUUUAUCAAAUAUUUUAGAAAAACAAAAGAAAAUUGAUAAUUUCCUAAUUGAAGUUACAAAUUAAAUUGGUUUUAAUGAAGUUAAAAUGUUUACAAAUUCCAUAAAAUAGUAUAAUCUUACUAAUUUAUAUCUAGGCUUUGGCAAAAAUAUAAUUGGUAGUGAAGGAACUAAAUAUAUUUCAUAAGUUCUUUAAAAUUUCUAAAGUCUUACUUCUUUGAGUCUUCGUUUAGGAAAAAACGUGAUUUGUGACGAAGGAAUCAAAUAUAUUGCACAAGCAAUAAAAAAAUUCAAACAUAUAAUUGAAUUCUAUCUCACUGCAGAAAAUAAUUAUAUUAAUACUGUUGGAUUAAUAAACAUUGUACAGGCAAUGGGAGGAUAUUAAAAUGUUUAAUCUCUUACUCUUUAAUUUGAUUAAAAUAUGAUAGAAGAUAAUGGACUAAUGAGCCUAUCUAAUUUAAUUUAAAAAUAUAAAAGCUUGAUCAGUCUAACUCUUAGCUUCGAGAAGAAUCAAAUUUAAAACUAUGGAAUUAAAUUUAUUGUAAAAAGCAUACAAAAAAGUUAAAAUAUUUAGAAACUAGACCUUUGUUUACCGGGAUAUAUUUUUGAUGAUGAUAUGUUAGUUUGUUUGGCAACAUCAUUAGAAAAUCUAAAAAAAUUAAAAAAAUUGACUCUAAAAUCCAAUCGAAGUUAUAUUACUCCUUAUGGAUUUAACAUGAUUUGUAAUUUUGUCAAAAAUAUGCAAAGCAUUUAUGAAUUUAAGUUAGAUUUAAAAAGCUCUAAAAUAGUUGUUUUCACAAAUGUUUGGAGAAUUUAAAUUUUAUAGUUAAAAUUUUUGAAUGAAAUUGAAAUAAGUUUUAAAAAUGAAAGAUAAUUCCUUAUUGUAGAUCAAAAAUAAAUAAAUAAAUAAAUCUGA